AUGAAUGAACCUGAAGAAUAUUCUGUGAAGCAAAAUAAGCCAGUCCAGCCUCCUGUGAAGUAUGAGUUCCCACCAGCAGAACAGCCCUGCACCCCUCCCCCCACAGCUCAGGAGCAACAAGUGCUACAGCCCUGCCAGCCUCCACCCCAAGAACCAUUUGUCCCAAUAACCAGGGAGCCGUGCCAUCCCAUGAUUCUUGAGCCAGGUCACACCAAGUUCCCUGACUCAGCCUACCCUAAGGUCCCUCAGCCUGGCCACACCCAGGUACCAGAGCCAAGUCCCUCAACCAUCAUCCCAGGCUCAGGCCAGCAGAAGACCAAGCAGAAAUGA